ACAUGGUUUACAACAGGUCACUAACGCUGGAAACAGUACAGAGUCCAGGGAAAGACUUGCUUGUAACUUUCUGAAUUCUGGAUCUUUUUUUUUUUUUUUUCUUUUUCUUAACUUUCACUAAGGGUUACUGUAGUCUGAUGUGUCUCUUCCCAAGGCCACAAAAGAUGACAAGCUGUAUUUUUUCUUAUGCUCAAUGAUUUUUGCUGUGAGCCGAAGGCCUGCCUGUGAUCUCACUGAGAAUGUCUUCUAAUUCGGACACUGGGGAUGUACAAGAGUCUCUCAAGCGCGGACUCACACCUAUCGGUGCUGGGCUUCCGGACCGACGCGGACGCCCCAUUCCCGCCCGCGGCCGCCUUGUCAUGCUGCCCAAAGUGGAGUCGGAAGCGCUGGGACUGGCUCGGUCGCAUGGGGAACAGGGGCAGAUGCCGGAAAACAUGCAAGUGUCUCAAUUUAAAAUGGUGAAUUACUCCUACGAUGAAGACCUCGAGGAGCUGUGCCCCGUGUGUGGAGAUAAAGUGUCUGGCUAUCACUAUGGACUGCUCACCUGUGAGAGCUGCAAGGGGUUUUUUAAGCGAACAGUCCAAAAUAAUAAAAGGUACACUUGUAUAGAAAACCAAAGCUGUCAGAUCGACAAAACACAGAGAAAGCGUUGUCCUUACUGUCGAUUUCAGAAAUGUCUGAGUGUUGGAAUGAAGCUGGAAGCUGUAAGAGCCGACCGCAUGCGGGGAGGAAGGAACAAGUUUGGGCCAAUGUACAAGCGAGACAGGGCCCUGAAACAACAGAAGAAAGCCCUCAUCCGCGCUAACGGACUGAAGCUGGAAGCAAUGUCGCAGGUGAUCCAGGCCAUGCCCUCGGAGCUGAGCAUCUCCUCUGCGAUCCAGAACAUGCACUCUGCCUCCAAAGGCCUACCUCUGAACCACGCUGCCUUGCCUCCCUCAGACUACGACAGAAGUCCCUUUGUCACCUCCCCCAUUAGCAUGACAAUGCCACCUCCUGGCAGCCUGCAAGGUUACCAAGCAUAUGGCCACUUUCCUAGCCGGGCUAUCAAGUCUGAGUACCCGGACCCCUACAGCAGCUCUCCCGAGUCCAUCCUAGGCUACUCCUACGUGGACAGCUACCAGACCGGCUCCCCGGCCAGCAUCCCGCAGCUCAUCCUGGAACUUCUAAAGUGUGAGCCGGAGGAGCCGCAGGUGCAGGCCCGGAUCAUGGCCUACUUACAGCAGGAGCAGGCCAACCGGAGCAAGCACGAGAAGCUGAGCACGUUCGGGCUGAUGUGCAAGAUGGCGGACCAGACGCUCUUCUCCAUCGUGGAGUGGGCCAGGAGUAGUAUCUUCUUCAGAGAACUUAAGGUUGACGACCAAAUGAAGCUGCUUCAGAACUGUUGGAGUGAGCUCCUAAUCCUGGACCACAUUUACCGGCAGGUGGUACAUGGGAAGGAAGGAUCCAUCUACCUGGUUACUGGGCAACAAGUGGACCACUCCAUAAUAGCAGCGCAAGCAGGCGCCACGCUCAACAACCUCAUGAGUCAUGCCCAGGAGUUGGUGGUGAAACUUCGCUCUCUCCAGUUUGAUCAACGAGAAUUUGUGUGUCUGAAAUUCUUGGUGCUCUUUAGUUUAGAUGUCAAAAAUCUUGAGAACUUCCAGCUGGUAGAAGGUGUUCAGGAACAAGUGAACACUGCCCUCCUGGACUACACCAUGUGCAACUACCCGCAGCAGACGGAGAAGUUCGGGCAGCUCCUGCUGCGACUUCCGGAAAUCCGGGCCAUCAGCAUGCAAGCUGAAGAAUACCUCUAUUACAAGCACCUGAAUGGGGAUGUGCCCUACAAUAACCUCCUCAUUGAGAUGCUGCAUGCGAAAAGAGCCUAGGCCACAGCACCCCAGCAGCUCUGCUUUCAAAACAGAAGGAGACGGGGAAGAAGGAGGGAAUUAAAAGAAAUAAAAUACUCUGAAGUGCUCCAAGCAACACAUUAAAAACUUGGUUGGAAGACAGUGACUUUCCAAAGGCAUAUUCAUCAGAUCCUUAACGGCAAAUAAAUGAUGUAUCAGGGUAUUUGUAUUGCAAACUGUGAAUCAAAUGCUUCUCCUCCCCAAAGGAUUCCAUAUCAAAGACAUUGGAAGGAAAUGGACUGAACUCACAGGUGGAUGCCAACACUGUCAGAAUAAAAAAAUGGACAGAACAAUUCUUGUAUAUUUAAGCUGAUCUCCGCUAUGAAGAAAUUGAGGAACUGAUCUGCAUCGUUAAUUAGGCUCGUACAGUGGGGGAUCCUGAGCAUCCGGGAUUCCUCCAUGGUACAGCUGAUUGGGACCCAACGGAGGGCAUCAACCGCACCUACAGCAGCCGUUCCCUCCACCUUCAAACGCCCCAGCACCUUCUGGCCCUGUGACCACCGAAUCUCUACCAGGGACCUGUGUUCUGCCACACUCAGUAGCGGCUCCACCAGACCGUGAAAAGCCUGGUUUUGAAUGUGUGUAUCCUGGACUCCAAACAGCCAGAGAGAGCAGUCUGUUAAUAUGUUGAGCUUGCCAUCUAAAAUAUGUUCCCAAGUUUGUUUUGUCACAUGGUCAUGAUGUCAACAAGCAGGCAGUGUCUCGCUUCUGUCUUACUCUGAGCCCUCAUCCGUGUUAAGGAAAGUGACUGCAAACUUUUCCAGCAAAUGCUCCCCUAGCUAAAAGCAAGUGAGACCUUAAUUCUGCUGCUGUUGCUGAAAUGUGGCUUUCGCAUUGUUGGAUUUCAUUUAAAAAAAAAAAAAUUCUGGCCAAAAGGCUUGUUACGAUGCAUCCGUCUUUCUAAUCAUCGAGGUUGGUAGUUCAUUUAAAAAUAAAGCGUUAAACAUGUUUUGCUGGGAUGUCAAAACAGUCACAGUCCUAGGUAGUCAAAAACAAAACUGAAGCAUGUUGAGCUAUGCAAACAGGAAACAAAAGAUGAGCUGAUAGAUUCAUUGACUUAAGAGUCAUUGCUGUUGCAAGUGAACAUCUCCAAAGCAUAGGGUGACUUUUACCUAUGGCCUGGAAAGGAAUGAGAGCAAUGCAAUCUUCCCCAGAGAGCAAAGGCAGACUGGCAGGCUGACCUCCUCAGUCAGAGCAAAGUCUGCUGCUGAACAAAUAUUGGAGGACACAGCAUUGCAAACAGACUCUCCAAAAACACUAGCAGUAUUAUUAACAUGCAAUGCCGCAGGUACAAAAGUCUUGCCUUAUUUCAAAAUUCUAAAAGGUAGCUGUGCAGACGUGGAUCAACCAUUGUUUAAAGUAUUAACACUUUAAAGUCCAAUGAAACAUAGUGUUUACAUUCUUUAGGUCCUGGGGGGAGGGGUGGGGGGGUGAACUGUGAUAUUACAAAUAGCAAGAGCAGUAAUUUCCUUAAUGUUAUUUUUCUGAUUGGUAAUUAUUUUUAAUUAUUGAUGUCGUGAGACACUAAAUCAAAAACAGGAAUCUCAUUUAGACUUUAAUUUUUUGAGAUUAUCAGCAGCACAAUCACUUGUAGAAACUGUAAAAAAAAAAAAAAUAAAGGUAUCUCCUAGUCCCUUAAUUUUUUUCAUAAAUGUUUCUGGCUUUUGAAUAGUUUAUUUAUAUUGUAUAUCAUCGUUUCAACUGUAGACAAUUAUGAUGCUAAUUUAUUGUUCCUUGGUUUCACCUUUGUAAAAGAUAUAGCCAAGACGGAAGAAACCAAAUAUAUGUGUUUACUGUAGUGUGUUUUCAAGUUAGUGGAGCAUAGUUCAGGGACAUAGAUGGGUCUUCAUGAGUUAAAAUCAUUCACUUGAUUAAAUGUCUGUAAAUCUUCAUAAUUCUUACUGUAGUUUAUUUAAUAUCUAUUGUAAAUUAUGUGACUUGUAGCUUCCUGUUCUUAAGUAAAUUGAACAUGGUGGAGUCUUACCUGGUUUUCCUUUCUAAGCAUUGUAAGUUGUAUACCAAAGAUAUUAGUUAUUACUUCUGUGUCUACAAAGAGGAUUAUUUUAUUGCCUUUAUUAAUCACCUCUACCACUCAUCCACGUGAAGGGUACACAUUAGCUGAGCUGGGCGCUGGCUCACCUCGAGUCCCAGCCACCUGUGUUGGCUUCAUGGCGUGAGGUCAGUGAGAAAUGGCUGAGCAGCGCUCGGAGCCCCAGCAUUAGAGUGGCAGCAUCGUUGUUCUCUCCAGUGGAGACAGCACGGAGAGGAGCAGUGUUGGCCACGGGAAGGAUUAUGAGAUUCGGAGGGUCUCUAACAUUGCAAAAACCAUUGAUUCUUAAGAUACGUGGUUCUCUUAACUGAGUAUACAGUGAGUCCCCGCUAAACAAUGCCAAGCUUUUUGGGGUUGUUGUUAACCUAGUCAGUUACACUAUGAGAACAGUCAGGCAACGCUAGGACGACAUCCACACUGCUGGUGACACUAAGGACACGCCGCAGACCCAUCCCGAGCUGGCGACAGAAACGUCUCUAAUGUUAACCGUUAACCAGUGUGCAACCAGACAUUUGCUUAGCAACUACCUUAUUGAUUCCAGGACUUAACGUUAGGGAAAGCAGCCUCAAUUGUAAAGGCUUCUGGCUUAGCUCGGUGUAUUACGGUUGAUCUCUGUAAACAGUCUGUAAUGUCUGAACGUCGGUGUUACCGACCUCCUGCCGCUGCCUUGGGUUUGAAUCCACGCGAUAUUCUGAGUGUGACGUUUUCUUACUGUGUCAGUGAAACCACAUGUUGUCAUGUCAGUUCUUGCCAGGAAUUUCUCAACAUGGAAUUUUUUUUUUUUUCAGUAUUUCAAUAAAUAUCGAUAUGCCCAG